UGSCCACGCGCGCGGCGCAGGCGGAAGCGGUCAGCGCGGCGCACACGUGGGGGCCGAGCCCGCCCGGCCAUGGAGCUGCUGCCCCGCAGCCCCGGCGAGUUCGGCUCCGCCCGCUACUGGGAYCGCUUCUUCCGCCAGCGCGGGCAGCGGCCUUUCGAGUGGUACGGGGCUUUUCCGGAGCUCUGCCCCGUCCUGCACAAGUAUGUGCGGCCCCGCGAUAAGGUCCUCGUGGUGGGCUGUGGAAACUCGGAGCUGAGCGAGCAGAUGUAYGAUGUGGGAAUGUGCGAGGACAUCRUCAACAUCGACAUCAGCGAGGCGGUGAUCCGCCAGAUGCAGGAGCGCAGCGGGAGCACGAGGCCAAAGAUGAGCUACCUGCUGAUGGACAUGCUCCAGAUGGACUUCCCUGAUGCCCACUUCCAGGUGGUCCUGGACAAAGGCACACUGGAUGCCCUCCUCACUGAUGAAGAGGAGGCCACUCUAGCCAAGGUGGACCAGAUGUUUGCUGAGAUCAGCCGRGUCCUGCAGGUAGGAGGGCGCUACCUCUGCGUCUCCUUGGCUCAAGCCCACGUGCUGAAGAAAGCAGUGGAAUAUUUCUCCCGGGAAGGCUGGGUCGUGCGCGUCCAUCAGGUGGCCAGCAGCGGGGACAAGCAGCAGUUUGUCCUACCGGUCUUUGUGUAUGUCAUGACAAAGUUCAGGAAGAUCCCUGGCUCGGCUCCACAGAUCCUGGAGAUCUGUCCCGAGGAGCAGGACAAGCCGAUGAGGRUGGAGAGCGCGGAGCGGCUGGUGGCAGCAGUGAAGGACAGGCAGCAUUAUGCCCUGCUCUGCAGCCAGAUAAGCAAAACCCCCUGCAGGGAACAGGUUUCCUUGGAUCUGUGUGACAAAGAGAGCGGGAAACCUCGCUACACGCUGCAUGUGGUCGACAGCCCCUCAGUGAAAUCUUCCCGGGACAAUCAUUUUGCCAUCUUCAUCAUCCCACAGGGCAGAGAAACCGAGUGGCUYUUUGGGACGGAGGAAGGGCGGAGGCAGCUCGCGGCCAGCGCGGGCUUCGGGCGCCUGGUCACGGUGGCCCUGCACAGGGAGCAGCACUACGAGGGCAUGGCCAGCAUCCAGGCGGAGCUGUCGGGGAAGGUGAUGGAGCUGGCCCCACCGGGCCUCCCUGUCCGGCAGCAGGUGCCYUUCCUGUCCGUGGGAGGGGACAUCGGGGUGCGGACGGUGCGGCACAGUGCCACCAGCCCCCUGAGCGGGGAGUACGUCGUGGAGGACGUGAAGGGAGAUGGCACCUGCUACUUCCGCCGCCUCAUCUUCCUCYGCAACAGGAACGUGGUGCAGUCRGAGGCUCGGCUCCGGGCCCCUACACCCCUCCCAGGCCAGAAGAAGCGGAGGAAGGACAAGAAGAAACCCAGCCCCGCUGAGCCACCUGGAGCCAUCGACAAAAGCUACCUGUGCUGUGAGCACCACAAGGCCAUGGUUGCGGGGCUCUGCCUGCUGGGGGGCCCCGACGCCCUCCCAGGAAAGCUGGCCGUGCUGGUGGUGGGGCUCGGCGGGGGCAGCCUGCCCCUCUUUGUCCAUGAUUACUUCUCAGAGGCCCGUGUGGCCGUGGUGGAGAUCGACCCCUCCAUGCUGGAGGUGGCCACGCAGUGGUUCGGCUUCUCCCAAGGCCACCGGAUGCAAGUGCACAUCUCCGAUGGCCUGGACUACGUGGGCAAGCUGGCAGCUGAAGCGCCAGCCCAGUACGAUGCCGUCAUGUUUGAUGUGGACAGCAAAGACCUCACGGUGGGGAUGAGCUGCCCACCCCCAGCCUUUGUGGAGAAGCCCUUCCUGCAGAAAGUKAAAACCAUCCUCAAGCCAGAAGGAGUCUUCGUGCUCAACCUGGUGUGCCGCGACGCCCGGCUCAAGGAGUCCGUCCUGGCCACCCUCAGGGAUGUUUUCCCGCUGCUCUACGCACGCCGCAUCCAAGGGGAGGUUAACGAGAUCCUGUUCUGCCAGCCCGGCCCCGAGGGCCGGUGUGACCCCGCAGAGCUGGGGGAKCGCGCCCGGGCGCUGGAGGGGGCCCUGCGGCAGCCAGGGCGGCCCUGGGACAGCUCCUACGUGCUGGCAGACAUGCUGCAGGCCGUGCAGAUCCUCUGAGGGGGCUCUGGUGCUGCUCCAACACAGUGGGCCCCUCCUCUGGGUGCUGUGGCCCCACAAUCGGGGUGCCCGUGGCUGGGACUGCCGCCCUUCAGGGCCAAUGCUGGCCUGGGCGUGCUGGAAGGAUGGGAUUGGCACGGGAAAUGUGGCUCCCAAGGAAGGCAGCAUUGAGCUGGUGCGGGGAGAGAGGUGCUGUGGGACUGGCAGGACUGUGGGUUUGGGUUUGUCCUCAUUGCUUUCCCACUCUGGGAAAAACGGGAAGACAUGCCUCAGACUCUGUUUCCACUUGAGCACAGCCUGUUCCCUCUGAUGGUGCCUCUCCCUGCAUCCCCAGCAUUCCUGGUGUCUCUGCAGAGCCCCGGCCCCGCUCCAAGCCUGGUUGUGGGUGUGUGUGGGUAGGCUGUGAGCUGUGGGAAUAAAGUGCUCAGGGGUGCUCUGAGAUAUGCAGUGCUUUGCUAAAGCUUGUUUUUGAAGCACCCACAGYCCUGAAAGAAGUCACCUCUGCACCUUGAGGGCAGGUCCUGGGAGCAGGCAGCUGYCCCUUGAAUCCCACUGCCCCCUCAACGCACACCCUCCCCAGACUGGACCCCGCUUUUUCCUCUCUUCUGAGUCUUCCCAGCCAUCCCCACAGAACUGAGACCUGCAACCCCUGAGAUCCCAACCCUUCUCCCUCUGAGCCAGCAGUACCAGCCCUGGGCUCAGGUUCCUGGCCACACUCACCCAACUGGUGCAGGUCAGCCUUCCUGCRGGAGGAAAGGGCAGCCAUAAAUACCCACUGGGGAGUUCCCACAGCACCCCAAUCCUGCCCAGACAGCUCAUUUUGUCUCUCCCAAAGGUUUCAGAGCCUGGUCCCAACCCUGCAAGGUUGAGCUGAAGAGCUGACCUGUGUGUCCUGGCUGGUUACAGAGCAGGUGACCUGAAGGUGCUCRUUCAUCAGGAGCUAUUUUUGGGUGUCUUUGUCUUUUUCCCUGCAACAGCUGGUACCAGAAUGAGUCUGAGAUAUGGUGCCAAAGUGACUGGCUUGGAGACAGCAAGGGGACAACCUGCUUAGUCACCAUGAUGCUUUGCCACUGACCCUGCAGUCUCACUCCAUGCUCCCUCCUGCCGCUGGCAGCCUGGGUUGGGACAUCUUUCUGGCAGCUGCUUCCCAAAGCAAACCCUCCCCAGCCCAAGGAGGUACCAACACACCAGAAAUAGCUCCAGGAGGGAUCUGUGUCUGGGCAUCAGUGCUGGAGCCAUGUCCCAGCUCUGCAGCUCACACUCCCUGUCCCAUCAGCGUUUUGGGGUGCCCCUCGCUGGCCUCUCCUUGCUUGGAAGGACCCAGCUCUCCUCCAGCUGCGGGAAGUCCUCUGCCGCUUAGGAAGCAGAGUGAGGGGGAGGRUGAGCCUGUGUGUUUGCAAUUCCCCAGCUCCACGGGGCUGUGGAAAAGAACACCCCAAAGGCUCUCACCCGCUGAGCGUGGGGAUCAUGGCCAUUGCUCCAGUGCAGGAGAUGGGGCUGUUUGUACCAGGAUGAACUACAGCAGCUAUGCUGCCAGCAAACACCUCCCUCUGAGCAGCACCUGGGGCUCUAUUUUAAUUUUAAUUUGCCAGCAGGUUCUACUUUGGGAACUGCUCUGUUCAGAUCCMUUCUCUGAUGCUCCCUGCCUUAUUCCCCUUCACACAGAGGGACAAAUUGGUGCCCUACUUUCCCCCUGGGCUAACCUGUGUCUACACAGAGUUUAGCAGAUGUUUUUUUUAAUAAGUGCUUUUGAUGGUUCCCAGGCCCAGGAGAGCAGGGCUGGCCUGCUCCCUGCCUCAGAUAAAGGCUGGCAGCCUGGGUAGGUGCCCUUCCAGUGUGCUCUCCUCCUGUAGAGCAUUCAGGACAGCACAGGGGAGGRAUGAGGCUGGAGCUGGAGCAGGGUGGAAGUGUGCCUGCCCCCAUGCAGUUGGUUUCUAAAGCUCCUCUGUGAUGAGCACUGUUUUGAAAGAUAWCUAUUAUCCGCCCAGCUUAGCGAUGGCAAAUUUCUCAACUGGAUCAGCAGUGCUACAUUUACUCUAUUUUUAACUUAGUUUGCAAUUCUCAACAUAAUUCCAAUGACAUAGGUUUGUGURUGUGUGGGUGCCCUUUAUUUUAUUGAAACCGUCUCCUUUCUUCCCCAGGAACUCGCACAAAGGCUGCCUUCAUCCCUCCCUUGUCCAGUCCUGCCUUUCUGUUGUGCUUCYAAAAUGCUGCAUAACGCCACAUCCUGGUGGAAAAACAAAAGCCAUCUAUUAGAAACAAUGUAAGGAUCAAAUGUUCAUUGCAGCUGUUCUUGCAGCUACUGUUAGCCUGACAACUUUGGUCGGCAAAUGAAUUUCAGCUGGAAAACUGGCAAAUUCAUGAGUGCUGCAAAUAACCAAAAUCCUCCUCUGCAGGUAAAAGGCUCCAAGGCUGGAGCAAUUGACACAUAGUAAAUAUUUCUCYGCUGGCAGCCAAAACAUGAAGCUAACGUAUACGUUUGGCAACUGUGAUUCUGUUGAGGGUUUUGGCAAUAUACUCAUGUUUACAUCCCUUACUCCUCACUUCCUUCCUUUGCAGCGUAGGCACGCUGUCAGUGGCAGGAUAGAAACAAGCUCUGCUGUCACUUAGCAACCUCCACUGGCACAGAGAUGUUGACUUUUUCCACUCUGGAUUUCCCAGCAUAAAGAGAUGAGUGUGUAACUCAUCACGUGGCUCAGGUGUGAGGCUUGUAGCCAGCUUCGGUCUGGUCCAGUCCUAGUCCUUGGAGCAUCACAUCCAUGUCCAGCUGCCACACCACUAAAUGAGACACUGGGGGUUGAUGGGUCAGCCCUGGGUUUCCUGAUUUGGGUGGAAGGAUGCAGGGAGGUCAUUUGGCCCAGGGUGGCUGUGGGCAGGCCGUUGGCAGGAAGGUGACACUGUGAGGGAGGCACUGAUGGGUGCCAUACAUACACCCUGUACGGUGUCACAGCCCAGCUCCCUGCUCUGCAGAAGAGGAGAAAAUGACACAGUUCCCUCUUAGGAGGAGGGUGGAGGUGGAUAAGGGACAUGCUGUCACCAGCUGAAAGUACAUCAAGCACCUGGGAGAGAUUUUGCAGUAAUAAAAGCUGCAGGGACAGAGCACUGAGGCAGAUUCCCUUCUGCUGGGGAGGCUGCUGCGGUCCAGACAUGGCAUGGGCCAGAGCUACAGCCACCUCCCAGAGGCUGGAAGCACACGGGAAGUGUUUUGUCCAUGAAAUAUUCCCUUGGGGAAGCACUUGGCUUGCCUGACUCUGUGACCAAGGAAGCAGGCACGCUGCCAGGCUGCAGUGAGGGAGCRCAGCUCUUUCCUGGGGUGCUCAGGGCUGCAGGGAAACACCUCCUCAGGCUGCAAUGCAGCACGGUGCCCUUUUUCUACCCUGCAACUGGAUGCAUUCGACUAAAGAAUGC